AGCGAUAAGGUCCGAGAAGUUUGGGAACGAGAGAGUGAAUGGCUGUUCGUGGGUGAGCUACGGGGGACUUGGUCAACGAGGGAAAGGAAAGGGUCUCCUGGAGAAGGCCGCCAGGAUCCAGGGUGUGGGAAGUUAAGACUUCCCUCCUCCACCACCUUGGCCCCCAUCGGUCUCAAUGAGUGGCUUAUGACCUUCUUUUAGCAGCACAGAGACAUGCCACCAUCAUCAGCAUCUAUGCACCCACUCUCACCACCACUGAGGACCUCAAGGACAAGUUCUGCGAUCUACUUGACCAGACACUCUGAGCCAUGCCCCAGCCUGACAAGAUCAUCCUGUUUGGUGACUUCCACACCCAUAUGGACUCCAACCACACUUUCUGGGGUGGAAUCAUGAUCGGCAAGCAUGGUGAAAGUUUGGCCAAUUCCAACGGGCUCAGACUCCUCACCCUCUGUGCUGAUCAUAACCUCAUCAUCACCAAUACAGCAUUCCAGCUACCUGACAAGCUGAAGACGGCAUGAAUGCAUCCACAAUCCAAGCACUGGCACCUUAUUGACUAUGUCAUCAUGUGCCAUGGUGACCUUCGGAUGUCAGGAUUACCAGAGCUCUCUGAGGUGCUGAGUGCUGAACAGAUCAACAUCUUAUACAAUCCACUGUCUGUCUCAGGAUCAUCCCUCCUGCCCAGAAGUGUGCUGGAAGAGGGUGGAGGAACAAGGCCUGUGAUAUGGCCUUGCAGAUGACCCUGUCCACGGGUUCUAUGAUGGCGUCAAGUCCAGCUAUGGCCCAAUCAGAGGCCCUAUACUGUCCCGGUUAGGUCUGCUGAUGGUUUCACCCUUAUCAAGGACCGCCAGAAAAUUCUCAUCCGCUGGGCUGAGUUUCUCAGUGAGCUGCUGAACUUUGUCAAUGCCACUGACCCCACCGUUAUCGAUUGCCUAUGCAUGCUUCAACUCUUGUUGAGCUGGAUAACCCAAAGUUGUGCAAUGCACACACAAUUGAUAGCUGGUGUUGCAAUAUAUUGUAAUUUUGUGGGUUAUUUGCAUCAGACUUCAAAUAGUGCAUAGCAUAGGGUUUCAUGUUACUUUGAUUUAGGUUUCCAAUUUGUAACCUAAGAUAUUUUGUGUAAUCUAACCAGCCAUUUGUUUUGAGAGUUCCCAUGCAAUUAAUUCUCAUUUUAAAACCCCUGUUCAGCAAGAGGGGAUACCAGGAUCUUGAGCAUCUGUCUUAUCAGCAACUGUAUUGACACUAGGAGAUUUUGUUGCUGUUAAGUACCAAAUUACAACAGUAAAUAAUUACUACCUCUUGACUGAAAACUAAGUGGAAUAUGCCUAUAGAUCUGUAAAGUAAAUCCCAAAUGUAAUGCUUAAUAAAAUUUUGGGGGGGUUUUUUGAAAGCACAUUUUUCAGUUUUAAUCACAAAAAUUGGUGCACAAUUUAAACGUCCGCAUUAUUGCAAAACCUGAUUCUGUGAAGCUGUUUCUAAACCCUAAAAGUAGAUCUGUAGUUAGUGACCAACACUGUUUGCAUUGGUAAAUCUGGCUGAUAAAAAUAAGAAUGGUGGUCUGGCCUCCCUCAGUGUUCAUAGAUUUAACUGAUAAUGUCACCUUCCCUGCUGCUAAGAUAAAGAAUGGAAUAAGCCUGGUUUCAGAGAGGGCUAGAUUUUUAAAAGAGAAAUUCGCCUCAUGCACACACCAUAACAGCAAACACCAUCAUUAAUAUUUACCUUUUGCACACAGGAAUGAGAGUGCCAAGGCAGUGUCGAAAGCAUCGCUGUGAUGCUACUUAUGAUGCUGUGUGUGGUACGGAUGGGAAUACAUAUAUCAACCGCUGCAUGAUGUUAUAUAUGGGGUGCUUACGAGGAGACAUGACACUGAGAUUAGUACACAAAGGGGAGUGCAGAGAUGAGGUUAUUGUUACUCAAACAUCAGUGAGGCCAACAAAACCCACGACAAUUACCACAGUCCUAACAACCCUGGCACCAACCAUUGGAGUUGAUGUAGAUCCACAAACUCAUCCAAUCAAGCCAAUAUCCACAGAGCCUACAACAGAGAUAGUUGUUGAACCCACUGACACAAUGACAGCUACAAUUCUAGCACAGUCUCAAAUGCCUACAACAGCUGCUGAGACAACUGUAGAAUCAGUAACAGAAAAACUAGCGACUCCAUUAGAGUCUGUAAUAACUACAAAGUUACCUAGCACUCAACAGGCUCCAAAAUCAUCAAUUGAAUCGACAACAGAAGGUAUCACAAGGAUGAGAUUCACAACUGUUGAAGAAGUAGCUACUACUGAGACAAUCAUUGAAUCAACCACAGGGAAACCAACCACAACAUUGGAGGCGAGGACAACAGAAACAUUACCUUCGAUUCCACAGAUUGUAAUGCAAUCAACUGCACCAACAACUGAUGUUCUCAUAACAGCAAAUCCACUAGCAGAGUCCACCGUAAGAGUGACACCAACAACUGUUGAAGAAAAAAAACCAAGUACUGGAACAGUAGAAUCAGCAAGUGACACACUACCAACAUUAUCUGUAGACCCCAUGACAAUUGAAAAAUUACCCACAACUCCCCAGCCUGCAGGAUCAGCAACUGAAUCAGUAACAGACAUUAUUACUAAGAGGAAGCCCACAGUGAUUGAAGAGACAACCAGUGUUGAGAAAACUGUAGAAUUGACCUCUGAGACAACAACCACUAUGUUCAAGUCCACAUCAACUGAAAAGUUGCCGACAGUUAGAUUGACUUCAAAAUUAUUGCCCGAGUCGACAGCAGAAGUUCUCACAAAGAUAAAGCCCACAACUCUUGACAGAGAACACGUUGGUGGGACAACUGUAGAAACAAGCACUGAUACACCACCAACUGUGUUAGAAACUAGAACGACACAAACUUCAACUUCAACUAAAGGAACAUUAAUGCUAUCAUCUGUGCCAACAACUGAUUCCAUUACAGUGAUGAAACCUACAACUGAAUUCACAACACAAGUGAAAACCACAAAUGUUCAUGAAAACACAAAUAGAGUCACAGCUGUAAAGUCAACAACUAAAACACCAUUACCAACCUCAGAGUCUACAUUAACUAAAGAGGUACCAACAACUCUUCCGACUCUGAAAUUAUCAACUGAAUCAGUAACUAAUAUUACUACAACAAAGAAACUCACGACUAUUAAAGAAAUAGCCACUGAUGUGACAGUUGCCAAAUCAAAAAGUGAGAAACCAACAACAGUAGAGGUUUGGACAACUGUAACCUCACCUUCACUGACCUCAACACCACUGAGCGAGUCAACAAGUGAUAUCACAACAAUGAAGUCUCCUCCAGAAAUUAUUGUGACAGAGACACAAUCAGUUGAAGAGAAAACCAUGGGAGAACUACCUAUUGGGAAAUCAACACCAACAUCAUCUGACUUCAUGUCAACUGAAAAGUUACCCACAACUCCUCAACCUACAAAAUCGUCAUCUGGAGGACCUACACUGACAGAAGAAACAACAAGUGUCAAGACAGUUGUGGAAUUGACCACAGAGUUGGAGCCCAUAUCAACUGAAACAUUACCAACAGUCCGACAAACUUCAAAAUUAAUGCCUGAGUCAACAGACGUUUUCACAAAGAUGAAGCCCGCAACUGUUGAAGAAACAACUACUAAGGCAACUUUAGGAUCAACCACUGAGACAUCAAACAGUGGUUUACAAUCCAUAACAACUGCAAGAUUACCCCCACUUUCACAAGCUGAGUUAAUGGAGUUCACGACCACGAUGAAACCCAGCACUGAAAACCCAGAAAUAAAUACUGCUGUGACAACUUUGAAAUCAACCUCUGAGACAGCAAUUACAACUUCACUGGCCAACAUUAGCGAAAAAUAUACACCACCACUGCCAAUUGAGGUAACAACUAUAGCAAUUACAUCAGUGAAAUCAGAAUCAGCUGAAGGGAAAACUGUGAGUGUGACAACUGUAGAACCAACAACUUCAAUUCCAGAGACUUCUUCAAAACUACCUCCAAAAUCAACUUUCCCCCAGACUCAAUCAGCUUUAACUUCCAAAGUGGCCACAGUGCCAGAUGCCAUUGUCACACCUUUUGGAGAACUGACAACUUCAACUCCUAAGACUUCUACAAAAUUACCACCAAAAUCAGCCUUCUUCCCGACUCAGUCAGCAUCAACUUCAAAAAUGGCCACAAUGCAAGAUGACAGUGUCACACCUAUUGUUACCACAGAAUCAUCUGGGUUACCUGGUACUAAAGUUAUUACAGUGCUACCUUCAGAUGUAAAGGAGCACAUAAAUCAGACGUCUCAACAUACUGAAAUGACUAGCAUCACAAAAGAAAAUGAAGAAUCAAUAGUUACAACCAGUGCACCAGUUUUCAACAAGACCCAUUUGUCCAGGGCACCAUUUGGCCAGUCACUUGGACCACAUACAAAUACUAAUUUCAUCACUACUAGUGUACCACCUUCUGCAGUUUCCGGUACCCCUGGUACAAGUACACAGAGUAUCAAGCAAGAUUUGUCAUCAACAGCAAAAGUAACUAGUGAGGAGUUAAGAAUUGAGACUAUAUCUGGGUCAACCCCAAAAUCUCUCAAAACUGAUAUUGUUGAAAUCUUGACGGAGAGCUCCACACGUUCUGUAUCCAUUCCAACGAAUGCAAGCCUUAUCACAACAGUAAACGAAAAACCGAGGGAUCAAACUACAAAAGUUACACUUCCAAGUCCCGAAAUGCAGUCAUUUGUGACUGAAGAAAAUAUAGCUACAGAAGAAGUUUCAGGUGUCCAAUCUUCACCAUUAUUUGACAGAGCCACUGAUGUAAUGUCAGCAACAACCCAUGAGUGGAGCUUCACAACUGUAUCAGUUGAACCUACAAAAGGUAUUGAGAUAACAACUGAAGCCUUAUUGGACACCAUGAGUGAUUCUCCAGUCAGAGUUUACACGGGAACCCCUGGUGUUACCACAGCAAGUAGUCAACUCACUGUUGGGCUUCCAUUUUCUAAAACCUCUGCAACAAGGCCUAGUCCCACAGAAACAGCUUUGACUGAUUUCAGCGGUACUGACAUAGCCACUGAAACAUUUGCUGUUUUCGAACCAACAGAAAAAUCCGACAAAGAAGCAACUCAAAUCUUUAAUGUUACCCAGAGAUCAACAACCGCUAGAGUUUUUGAAGCAACCUCUAUGUUUGUUGACAACAUUACAAAUACAGUAACCACUGAAUCAUCUGGGUUGUUGACAUCUCCAGCUAUCACAGAUCCAAAAUACCAUGUUUCAGACCAGAAUGGGGAAACACCCAUAGUGGAAGUUGUCGACAGUAGUUCAACUGAUGAACCAGAAAUGACACCCAUGAUAACUCAGCUAUCAUCAGUUGCAACCAAAAAGCCUGUUCAUCUAUCAGAUCUCCUUACUGUUUCAGAUAGAGCUACAAAAAUAUCAGCUGACUUAUUUCCAAGUACAUCUUCACCAAGUAGUGUUGCAUCUACCUCAAGCAUCGAACCAGAAGAGGCUUCAUCUCUGACAGCCCUACCUACCUCUGUGGGUCCUCCAUUUGUGACAGUUUCUCAAGUUUCUAUCUCACUAACACCCACUCCUUCCAUACCUGUGACUCGGUCUACACCAAAACUCACAGAUGGUUUGAUGGAAGGCACUACCAAAACAUUUGGAACAAAGCAAGCAGCAGCUACCACAACUGGACACUUCUCCCAAACCGAUGUUAUUGAGAUUCUCACAGAAAGCACCAUACAUUCUGUUCAAACUGAUGCAACCUUUAUGCCAAUAGUAAAUAAAGAACUGAUAGAUCAAAGUACUGCAGGUACACUUUCCACUCCAAAAAUGGAAGCAUUUGUUACUGAAGAAGAUACAGUGACAGAAGCCUCAGGCUUUCCUCCUUCACCAUUGUCAUUUGAUUAUUUUAAGACAACACCACUUGAAGGCGUCACUGAUGUCGCGUCAGUGGCAACUGAUGAUUUGAGCUAUACAAGUGCUCCUGUUGGACCUGCAUCAGGUAUGGAGAAAACAACCAAAGCCUCACUGGAGAUAUCCACUGGUUCUCCUACCCAAACUUCUCCCAUACCUCUUGGUGUAGUUAAAACAAGCAAUAGUAAACCCCCUUCUGAGCUCCCAUUUUCUAAAACCCCUGCAACAAAGCCCUUUAUUACAAAAACGACUUUUAGUGGUUUCCAAAAACCUACUAAAACAUCUGACAUUGUUGAAACGACAGACAAAUCCUCCAUGGAUGAGACUAGAACACAGACUGUACCAACUCAAAUAUCAGAUAUUACUCUGACAGCAACAAACGCUGAGGUUUUUGAAGCAACCUCUAUGUUUUCAGAAAUUAUAAAAGAUACAGUGACAACAGAUUCAUCUGGUUUACUGACAACUCCAACUGUCACAGACCCCUUGUUACAUGUGACAGAGUUGCAUAGGGAAACAUCUACAGCUGAAGUUGCUGAAAGUAGCUCAACUAAUGAACAUCCAGAAAUGAUAUUCAUGAAUACUAAACCAUUAUCAGCUACAACUGAGAAGCUUUUUCACCCAUCAGAUCUGCCUAUGGGUCCAGAUGACAGUACACAAAUGUCUAUUGACAUAAUUUCCAUCACACCUCUACCAAAUGGUGUUGAUGUAUCUACGGUGAUAAAGAGUAAAGUGGAGUCAUCAUCGAUUGGUCUAGUCAGAACAGAAGCAGCAUCCACCUCAAGCACUGAACCAGAAGAUGUUUCAUCUUCAACAGCCUUAACUCCCUCUAUAGGUCCUCCAUUCAUAGCAGUAUCUCAAGCUCCAAUUUCAUCAACACCUGUUUCAUCAAGCUUCAUGUUUACUUCAAAAUCUAUGACUCGGACUUCACACAAACCCAUAGAUGGGUUUAUAGAAAGUUCUGCCAAAACAUCUGGAAAAGAACUGACAGGAAUUGCAACCACCAAACUGCAUUCCCAAACUGACAAUGUUGAGAUACUGACAGAUAGUCCUGAACCUCCAGUGUCCGUUAAAACUGAAUCGAGCCAAACCUCAACAUUAAGACAGGAACUGAGAGAUCAAACUACUCUUACAGGUCCACAAUUGGAAACAUUUAUGGCUACAGAAGAUAUUGUUACAAGAAAUAUUUCACAAACUCUUAUUUCACCACAGGCUGUUGCUCCAUCAAAGACAACAACACUUAAAACAGCCACCAAUGAAGUGUCAGAGGCAACUGAGGAACUGACUUAUACAACUAUUCCUUUUGGACCUUCAUCAGGUAUUGAGAAAACAAAAGCCUCAGUGAACACCUUGGGUGGUUCUCCCAUGUCCAUUUCUGCUGGAGCUCCUGGUGCAGUUACAGCAAGUAGUAAAUCUACUACUGAUUUUCCAUUUUCCAAAACCUCUGUACCAAAGCCUUCUCCCACAGAAACAUCUUUGACUGAUUUCAGCAGUACGGGCAAAGCUACUCAAACAUAUGACAUUGUUGAAACAACAAACAAAUAUUCCACAGAUGAGCCUGAGGUGCAAAAAGAAAAAACUCAAAUUUCUGUUGUUACCCAGAGACCAACAACUUCAGUAGAGAAUGAAGCAACCACUGUGUUUGCAGAAAAUACCAAAGAUAGGAUGACCACUAAAUCAUCUGGGUUUUUGACAUCUCCAGGUGCCACAGAUCCCAAAUCCCAUGUAACAGAACUACGUGGGGAAACAUCAACAGCUGAGUUUGCUGAGAGGAGCUCCAUUAAUGAACAUCCAGAAAUGACACACAUGACUACCCAGGUAUUUUCAGAUACAACUAAAAAAGUUUUUCAUCCGUCAGAUUUCUUCACUGUUUCUGGUAAAGCAACACUAAUAUCUGCUGAUAUAAUUCCUGGUACACCUUUCCCAAGUGAUAUUGAUGUAUCUCCAGUGGUAAAGAGUACAGUGGAGUCGUCAUCUACUGGUCACGUCAGGACACAAGAAGCAUCUAUUUUAAGUGUCAAACCAAAAGAGGUUUCGUUUUCGACACUUACACCUCCCUCUGGAGGUCCUCCAACAAAGAGUGUUUCUCAACUUUCCAUCUCAUCAACACAAGUUAUGGUGGACUUGGAAACUGCCUCCAAGCAUAUGACUCAGUCUACACAGAAACCUAUGGAUAGUUUGAUGGAAGGCACAACUAAAACAUUGGGAACAGAGCAAGCAUCGGCUGCCACAAUAGGACAGUUUUCCAAAACCGAUGUUGUUGAGAUUCUGACUGAAAUCACCACACCUUUGGUUUCUGUGCAAACUGAUGCCAACCCUACCACAAUUGUAACUCAAGAACAGUUGGAUCAAACUACAGUAGGUACACUUUCAGCUCCCAAAAUGGAAUCAUUUGUGACUGAGGAUACAACUGAAGAGGUUAAAGUCCUUUCUCCUUCAAUAUUGUCAACUAUUUCAUCUAAGACAGCACCACUUGAAAGAGCCGCUGAUGUAGUGUCGAUAACCACUGAAAAGUUGAGCUUCAAAAAUGUGACCACUAAGGAAUUGAGCCAUACAGCUGAACCAGGUUCACCAGCAUCAGAUAUCGAGACAAUAGCUAAAACUGCGUUGGAUAUCCUUGAGGGUUCUCCUACCCUAACCUCUCCUGUACCUCCUGGUGUAGUUAAAGCAAGUAGUAAACCGACUGUUAAGAUCCCAUUUCCUAAAACCUCUGUAACAAAGCCCUUUACUACAGAAACAACUUUGAAUGAUUUCCAGAGUACAGCCAAAGCUUUUGAAACAUCUGAUAUUGUUGAAACAACAGAUAAAUCCUUCACGGAUGAGAAUAGAAUACAAAGUGUAACAAGUCAAAUUUCUGACAUUACCAAGAGACCAAAAACGUCUGGAGUGUUUGAAACAACCUCAAUGUUUGUUGAAAAUACCAAAGAUACAAUGACUACAGAAGCAUCUGGUUUGUUGGCAUCUAUAGCUGUAAUAGAUCCAUCAUCAAAUAUAAUAGAGCUGCACAAGGAAAAAACUACAGCUAAGGUUGCUGAAAGUAGUUCCAUUGAUGAACAUCCAGAGACAACAUUCAUGACUACUCAGCUAUCAUCAGGCGUGACCAAAACGCUUAUCCAUCCAUCAACACUCCUCACCAUUCCUGGUAAAAUUACAAAGAUAUCUACCAACAUAAUUCCCACUACAGCUGUACUUGGUGUUGAUCCAUCUACAGUGGUAAAGAGUACAGUGGAGUCAUCAUCUACUGGUCCUGUUGAGACACAUGAAGCAUCUACCGUGAGCUUCAAACCAGAGGACGUUUCAUCUUCCACGGCCCUAUCUACGUUUUCAGGUCCUCCAAUGAUGACAGUUUCUCAAAUUCCAGUUUCAUCAACAUCUAUUUUGGCAAAAUUAGGAACGACUUUGAAACCUGUGACUCAGACCACACACACCCCCAUGGAUGAUUUAAAGGAAAGCACUGCCAAAACAUUACAAACACAGCCAACAACAGGUGAAACAACUGAUCAGCUUUCCCAAGUUGAAACUGUUGAGAUAUUGAUGGAAAAUCCUGAACCUCCUGUUUCCAUUCAAACUGAUGCAAGCCAGACCUCCAUAUUAAGCCAAGAACCAACAGAUCAGACUAUUGCAGUUACUUUUCCAAUUGUGGAAAUGGAAACAUCUGUGACUAAAGAAAAUACUAUUACAAAAGAUAUUUCAGGUCUCCCUCCUUCACCAGAGGCUAUUGUUUCAUUUAAGACAACAGCACCUGAAAAAGCCACUGAUGUGGUGUUGAUGGCCACUGAAAAAUUGAACUAUACAACUGUUCCUGUUGGACCUACAUCAGGUAUAGAGAAAAUAUCUAAAGCCUCACUGGAGAUCUCUGCUGGUUCUCCUGCCUUAUUUUCUGGUGGACCUCCUGGUUUAGCUACAAUAAGUAGUAAAUCUACCAGGGGGGCCCCAUUGUUUAAAACCUCUGUUACCAAGCCCUCUCCAACAGGAACAACUUUGAUUGAUUUCAGAAGUACAGCCAAAGUUACUGCAACAUCUGUUGUUGAAGCUCAAGACAAAUCCUCCACGGAUGAAGAUAGAAUGCAGAGCAUAACAACUCAAAUGUCUGAUAUCACUCAGAGAAGAAGACCAUCUGGAGAUUUUGAAGCAAUGUCUGUAUUUGAAAAAAACAAAGAUGGAGCAAGCACUGAAACGUCCGGAUUUUUGAUACCUCCAGCUGUCACAGAACCCGCAUCAGUUGUAACAGAACCAGUUAGGGUGACACCUAUAAUGCCAAUCAUUCAAAAUAUCUCUGAUAGUGAAAGUGCAGGAACAACACUUACGACUUCUCCAUCAUCUGGCACAACUGAAAGACCUGGUCAAAGUACAGAAAUGCCUAUCAACAUAAUUUCCAGUACCACUGUUGGUCCACCAGCAAUAACACUAUUUAGUAAACUCGAGUCUGUUAAUCAAGGUCAGGAACCUAAAGCUGUUUCAACAGGUUUUCCAAUAAAAAAGAUCAACCCCUCUGGGGUUACAUCUGCAGUCUCCUCCAGCAUCACCAUAUCAACUGGAAUUGAUACAAGGGAGUCAUCAUCUACUGGUCCUACUGAGACUCUAACUGUAUCUCAUUCAAGUAGCAAAUCAGAACAGGUUUCAUAUUCAACAGCUUUACCUAUCUCUGCAGGUCCUCUACUGAUUACAGCUUCUCAUAUCCCACAAUCAUCUAUUGUGUCAGAGUCAGUAGUCACUUUCACACCGGUGACUCAGACUGCGCAGAAAGCAAGCAGUGGCUUUGCAGAGGGCACCACCAGAAGAGUGGGAAAAGGGUUGGUGACAGCAGAUCCAGUGUUACUUUCAGAUCCUCAGACUCCUAGAUUUCUUUCAUCAAGAACCGAGACCCCGGAAAUGCCUCAGGUCACACCUGCUGUUGUAACAAGAAAGCCAGAUGAUAUGGUAACAACAAUGUCUGUGAAUAGCAUUGGAGACUCAUCUAUUAUUCCUCCUCCACCACCCACUAGUCCACCUGCCAUGCCUAUUUCAGCUACGGAAAAGAAAGGAUUGACAUCCCCGCCAUCCUUUGAAAUUACCACAAAAGCACAAUUUGUCAGUACAUCAAUGUCUAUAAUUGGCUCUGAAAGUAAAACAGCUUCAAGCAGUCCAGAAAAAGUGACUGAACUAUUGAGGUCUCAAAGUGCACGAGUUGGUAUAGAUGUUGAUAAUACUUCUACUCAAACAGACUUAACAACACAGGGUGCGACUGAGGUUAGAUCUGCUCCAGAUGAAUCUCAAAGCACUCUGACUAAACAGCCAAUAGCUUCCACAACAGUGUCCAACAGUGUUAAACUUUUGCACAUGGAUACAUCAGCCAACGUAAAUUCUUCAUCUUCCCAUAGUGGGUAUCAUGAACCCACAACUCCUCCCACAACCCUUAACUCACUGCUAAUGACAUCAUCUGAACCUGAUACCCUAACCACAACCAAGCCGCAAAGUCUCCUUACCACAAUGACAGAACUUUUGUCUCGCUCAGCAGAAUUACGGCAGAUUUCAACACCACCAAGAACGCCACAGGGAAAAACUUCUCAGAAAUCCUUAACUGAAAAAGUAACAAUGAAUAAGGAUGUACCUAUGAGUACUGACUUUAACCCCCGGGUGGAAUUCACUUCACCUGGUUCCAUUGAGAAGUCAAUUGAUUUCACACCACCUUUGACCAAGAAGUCUUUAACAACAAUGACUACAAGAGAAACACAUAAAUCUGCAACCACUGGGGGCCCUUGGAUGACCGACUUAGUUACGUCCGCUAUGAAGGCUGUUACAGCUGUUGUGAGUAAUGUGGGAAGCACUCUUGUACCUACAAAUUAUAGAAGGACGCCAACAGAAAUUUCCAACACAGGCCAUAUGGAGACACAAGAUGACAAAUCACAAGGUUCACCUCCAUCUCUUCAAUUAUCAACCUCCCAAAUAGAGGAAAGCAUCUUACUCCAUACUACGUCAAACAAAGGGAUAACAGAUCCUGUCACCACAUCAGAAUGGUCAACAUCCACUGCACUGUUCACAUUUGGUGACCGAGAAGGAUCAGGAGUCAAAGGGACAGUGUCAGACAGUGAAGGUAUCACUGAAAGAGCACAAAGGGAUAUGGUGUUCACGCCAUCUGUCCCUGCAACAACUAAACAAGAUUAUAGAGUAUUUCAAUUGGGGAAUCCAGUCCAAAUGCCAACUGACAGGAUGACUGAGAAGGUGACACCGGGAGUGACUCAAAGCAAGACUGCAACAUCAGUGAAAAGUGGUACAUCAUUGUCGAGUCAACUUGCAACAAAGAUUCAACCAUCCUUUCAUCCAGAUCCACGCAAAUGUCCUCAUUGUGAGCCUGAUGUGUGUCCAGUGUGUGGGUCUGAUGGCAAGACCUACCAAUCUGCAUGUGAAUUGAAGCGUGUUGCCUGUCUACGAGGAUCCAUUACCCUUGUAGCUGAGUAUUCAGGGGACUGCAUACCAGGACUGCUGGACCUUGUGAAUGGGAAGACUUCUUGUGGUCACUUUGUGUGCCCAUCCAUCUAUAAUCCUAUUUGUGGCAGUGGUCAUAUGACGUUUAACAAUGACUGUUCCCUUAUCAGGGCACAGCUGUGCAUAGAUGGUAUGAAGGACCUGGUCAAGGUGCAUCAUGGAGAAUGUGAGGACUUUCUUGAUAUAAAGGCUGACAAAGCAAAUAAUUUCUAUUUGUAAUGAAGGCGGGAGUAACAGCUUUUGAGCACACAAUAUGAAUUGUUAUGCCACUGAAAGUCCAAACGUGUGUUGAAGAUGGAGCAAUAACAGUAACUUAACAUUGUAAACAAUAACCGAGAAUCUGCUUCAAGGGGCACAUUUUAGAAAUAGACUAUUCAAUUUUAAAGAUAAGAAAAUAAAUGCAGGAAGGUGUGAAUCUGCCAUUGGCAUUAUUAUAAUUGUUAUUAUUGUUAGUAUUAUGUAUUUCUAGUAAUAAAACAAAGGUUUCUUCAAAAGUACCCUUAGCAUUGUAGCUUAUCAGCCUGAAAAAAAACUGUAGAAAGGGAGACAACUUGAUCAUCCUGAGACAUAAAUUAAAUGAUCCCAAAUUCCAUCUUUCUGCCAAAAUCUGUGUUGCUGAAAUAAUUUAUCACAAAAUGCUGCAUAUUUAUGUUACAGACAUGUUAUGAAGGUCUUUUAUAUUACAGUUCACACUAUUCUCAUUGUGCAAAUGCAAAAUUUGUUAUUUCAUGCUAACAAACUUGAAGUAUACAGUGAAUGUAAUGAAGCCACAGUUUGCCUGUGAUGUAGAGCAUUUAACAAAGAAUGAACUACUUUAUACCAAGACAUUGUUUACGUAAAAGAAGUACUGAGGGGUGCAGUGACCUACUUCAAGUGAAAACUUUUGCUGAACUCAUCAGCAUGAAAAGUCCCCCCCCCAUUUCUUUUUUUAAACAGAAAUUGUUUGACCAAAA